AUGAUUACCGAAACCGAAACAAAUGAAACAAAACGAUCUGAUUUACUGAUGACGACCUUUAGCAUGAAAACCCGGACAAGAUUUGGAACAUGGAAUGUUAGAACGCUAAUGGAACCAUCGCGUCUGGCUCAACUUUGCAAGGAGUUUAUGAGCUACAAACUACUAUUUUUGGGUAUAAGCGAAAUGAGAUGGCCUGAUACGGGCGAAAAAUCAAUAACAAAUGGACUCCACUUAUUAUAUUCUGGUAAGGCAGCCAAUGAAAAUAGAGCAUCUGGAGUUGGUUUUCUUUUCUCCAAGGAGGCACAUAAAGCUCUAAUUAGCUGGAAACCCUACUCUGACCGCAUAAUAGCAGUAAGACUACGUACGCGCGCCAGAAAUCUCACAUGCAUCCAAUGCUAUGCGCCCACCGAUGUCUCCGAGGUUGAAGUGAAGGAUGAAUUUUAUAGCCUCUUGGAUCGUGCAAUAACAUCCUCGAAUCGUGGUGAUAUUCUGGUAGUAAUGGGCGACUUCAAUGCUCAAACAGGUCCCAACAACACUGGCCUUGAAAGCGUUAUGGGGGUGCAUGGCUUAGGCAGGAAAACUGAAAACGGGGAAUUGUUUGUGAACAUGUGCGCGGAAAACAGUCUGGUCAUAGGAGGCACUCUGUUUCCACACAAAACAAAACACAAAAUAACGUGGGUAUCACCUGACCAUGUUACGGAGAAUCAAAUAGAUCAUAUAGCUAUCUCCAGGAAAUGGCGCGGCUCUCUGUUGCCAGUGAUCAUCUCUUACUCAUUGCAAGCGUGCGUAUAA